ACAUUUGUUGAUGCAAAAACAGAUGAUGAAGUGGACGACAACCCAAUUGAGCAAGUUAGGCUAACAGUUCCAAUCACAGAUGACCCAUCAGAGCCAACCAUUACAUUUCGAACAUGGGUGCUUGGCCUAUUAUCAUGCACCACUCUUGCUUUUGUCAACCAGUUUUUUGGGUACCGCCAAAAUCAGCUCUUCAUUUCUUCAGUGUCUGCCCAAAUUUUGGUCCUCCCGCUGGGCAAGUUGAUGGCUGCGGUCCUUCCAACAACACAAUUUUCAGUCCCCUUCACAAAAUGGUCCUUCUCAUUCAAUCCGGGGCCUUUCAGUAUGAAGGAGCACGUUUUGAUCACCAUAUUUGCAAACUCUGGAUCCAACAGUGUUUAUGCAGUCAACAUCAUCACAAUUGUCAAGGCUUACUACCACAGAAGUAUUCAUGUUAUGGCAGCCUUCUUGUUAGCUCACACCACUCAGAUGCUUGGAUAUGGAUGGGCUGGAUUAUUCAGAAGAUACCUUGUUGACUCCCCUUACAUGUGGUGGCCCGGUAAUUUGGUUCAAGUCUCUCUAUUCAGGGCAUUGCAUGAAAAGGAAAAGAGACGCAGAGGAGGCCGUACAAAGAUGCAGUUCUUCAUCAUUAUUUUCGUAAGCAGCUUUGCUUACUACAUUAUCCCAAGUUUCUUCUUCCCCUCCAUAACAGCUCUCUCCUUAGUUUGCUGGAUUUGGAAGGACUCAGUCACAGCACAGCAGAUUGGUUCAGGGCUCAAGGGCCUUGGAAUUGGCUCUUUUGCCCUUGAUUGGUCCACCAUUGCUGCCUUCUUGACCAGCCCCUUAGCCUAUCCUGAUGUUGCAGUCAUUAACAUGUUGAUUGGUUUUAUUGUGAUCUUUUACAUUGUUACCCCCAUUGCCUAUUGGACCAAUGCAUAUGAUGCUAAGAGGUUCCCAAUAUUUUCCUCUCACACUUUUGACCAUGAUGGCCAAACCUACAACGUCAGUCGAAUUUUGGAUGAGAAAGCUUUCGAUAUGAAUUUGAAGGAGUAUAACAGUUAUAGUAAACUCUACCUCAGUGUCUACUUU